AUGGCUUCGAUUCCAAAGACGGACGUGGAGCAGCCCACGCCGGCAAUCGACUUCAAGGACGACUCGACGUCCGAGUCCAUCCUGAGCGACUACAAGCGCACCAUCGAGCGCCAUGUGCUGCUGCGUCGGCUCGACGUGGUGGCGCAAAAGCUCAACCGGUUCUAUGUGGAGUCGGUUGGCAUUCGGCCACUUGCGCUCUCGGAACGCACGGGCACCGACUGGUGGAGCCCGAGUCUGGUGUGGUUCUCGAGCAACGUCAAUGUGCUCUCCUUCUCCGCAGGCACGCUCGUCAAGCUGCUUGAAAUGGACAUGCGCUCCGCCAUGCUCACCACGCUCUUCGUCGGCGCGUUCUGCUCCUUCUUCCCCGCCUACUUUUCGCUCUUUGGCCCCAAACUCGGCAUGCGUCAGAUGAUCCAGUGCCGAUACUCGUUUGGCUACUUUGGUGCGAGCAUCAUCUGCGUGCUCAAUGCCGCGACCAUGCUUGGGUAUUGCAUCCUCAACUCGAUCGUGGGUGGGCAGACCUUGUCGGCGGUUUCGUCGCGUGCGGAUGGGACAUCGACCCUCACACCGGAUGUGGGGAUUGUGGUGGCGGCGGCCAUUGCGCUCGUGGUGUCGUUCAGCGGCAUCCGCGUGCUGCACAUGUUCGAACGCUUCUUCUGGCUGCCCACGCUCAUCUGCUUCAUGAUCCUCAUCGGCGAAGCGGGUACGGGACCCAAUGCGCUGCAUGUGGCGAGCAACGAGCCCAAGGCGACGGCACAGUCGAUCCUCGGCUUUGCAGCCAUCAUUGCAGGGUUUGUCAUCUCUUACUCGGCACUCGUCUCGGACGUUUCGCACUACCUCCGACCGGAUGUUUCGCCGCACAAGCUCUUCUGGUCGGUCUACUGCGGCUUCUUCCUGUCGUGCGUGCCGUUCAUCAUGAUCGGUGCGGCCUUUGCGUGCUCUUCGUACGACAAUGACGAGUGGUCCACCGCACUCGGUGUGUCGUCGGGUCGAUUCUUCCAGCUCAUCCUUGCGGGCAAUCUGGGCAACUUUGGUCGCUUCCUCGUGGUGCUGCUUGCGCUGUCCGUGUGCGGCAACAUCUCGGCAACCAUCUACAGCAUCGGACUCAACUUCCAGACCAUGCUGCCCUUUCUCGGACCCGUGCCGCGAUUCGUAUGGCCGCUCCUGGCAACGGCCAUCUUUUUGCCGCUCGCCAUCGUGGGGCACGACAAGUUCUACGAAACGCUCACCGACUUUACGAGCGUGCUCGGGUACUGGGCGAGCUUGUAUGUGGGCGUCGUGUUUGCGGACCACGUGCUGGUAAGGAGGAGGGACUAUGCGUCGUACGACGUCAAACACUGGAAUCAGUGGAACAAGCUUCCGCCUGGAUUGGCGGCUCUGGGUGCAUGUGCCAUCUCGCUGGCAGUGGUGGUGCCCAGCAUCGACCAGGUGUGGUUCCAUGGUCCGAUUGCAAAGCGCGCGGGCGAUCUCGGAUUCGAGACCGGUCUGGCGGCAAGCAUCGUGCUGUAUGUGCCGCUGCGCAUGCUCGAGAAGAAGGUGUUUGGCAGGUAG